ACCUGGGAACUUAAGGUAGUGCCAAUGAGGACCAGAGUACCCUAGAUCUACUUGUAAAUACUGGCCUUUUACCAGGGACUGGGGAACCUAGGUAGGCGGUAACUGAGCCAGAUCCUUCUUUUGAAAAUGACCCUGGACAGACAGCCCUCGGGCAGGGUCCUGGCUGGCUAGACCUCAUUCUUAGAGCAGAGUUUCUCAACCUUGACACUGUUGACAGUUUGGAUCCCGUGAUUCUUUGGUGUUUGUAUAGGUGGGAAGGGGGGUGUCUUGUUCAUUGUAGGGUGGUUUGCAGUAUCCCUUGGCUUCUACCCUCAAAAUGCAAAUAGCGCUGGUAAUCUGGAAAGCCAAAAAUGCUUGGCCUGGAGAGGGCAUAAAUCACCUGAUUGAGAACCUGAUCUAGAAUGUUCCAGAUUUUAAAGGGACAGAGAGUUGUGGCAGAUGGGGUUAAUGGCUAAUACCACCCCCCUUCCUCCCUCCCCCCAGCGGCGCGCACACACACUCACACUCACACUCUCCUCAUAAGAUUCAGGGCGGCAGGUUGGGUUCUAAAAGUCUGGGAGAUUCCUGCUUCCGCGUCAGGGUUUGGUUCAAAUUUGUGGUUCAGGAGUGCCGCUGGCCACCGUGGAGAGAAUCCUGGCGUCCUUGAGUUUUCCCAGAAGUGGUUCAGGUUUCAGGGAGGCGGCGAUUGCGGGUGGCCGGACCGCCUGCCCGCCGCCCCCGCCCACCUCUGAGUGCAGCGCCAGGUUCGCAUCUCGCCUCGCCCGCCGGCCGGGGCCUCUGCGCCGCUCCGUGUCCGCGCGUGCACCUGGCAGCCGACGCGGGCCCAGCGGAGCACCGGGCAUGCCCUCCCCCGCGAGCCCUGCGAGCGGGCCGGCCGCCGAGCACCCUGGGGAGCCGCCGCCGCCCUGGGCCUGGGGCUCCGAGGCCGUGGACACCGGGGCGGGGGCGCCGCCUCUCCCCAAAGGUUCCGGGCGCGGGGAGGCCGAGACGCGGGAGUGCAUCUACUACAACGCCAACUGGGAGCUGGAGCGCACCAACCAGAGCGGCCUGGAGCGCUGCGAGGGCGAGCAGGACAAGCGGCUGCACUGCUACGCCUCCUGGCGCAACAGCUCGGGCACCAUCGAGCUUGUCAAGAAGGGCUGCUGGCUGGACGACUUCAACUGCUACGACAGGCAGGAGUGCGUGGCCACCGAGGAGAACCCCCAGGUGUACUUCUGCUGCUGCGAAGGCAACUUCUGCAACGAGCGCUUCACCCACCUGCCCGAGGCGGGCGGCCCAGAAGUCACGUACGAGCCACCGCCGCCAGCCCCCACCCUGCUCACUGUGCUGGCCUACUCGCUGCUGCCCAUCGGGGGCCUCUCCCUCAUUGUCCUGCUGGCCUUCUGGAUGUACCGACAUCGCAAGCCCCCCUAUGGCCAUGUGGACAUCCAUGAGGACCCUGGACCUCCACCCCCGUCGCCUCUGGUGGGCCUGAAGCCGCUGCAACUGCUGGAGAUCAAGGCUCGGGGGCGCUUUGGUUGUGUCUGGAAGGCGCAGCUCAUGAACGACUUCGUGGCUGUCAAGAUCUUCCCACUCCAGGACAAGCAGUCGUGGCAGAGUGAACGGGAGAUCUUCAGCACGCCUGGCAUGAAGCAUGAGAACCUGCUGCAGUUCAUUGCCGCGGAGAAGCGCGGCUCCAACCUGGAGGUGGAGCUGUGGCUCAUCACGGCCUUCCACGACAAGGGCUCCCUCACGGAUUACCUCAAGGGGAACAUAGUCACGUGGAGCGAGCUGUGUCACGUGGCGGAGACCAUGUCCAGAGGCCUCUCCUACCUGCACGAGGACGUGCCCUGGUGCCGGGGCGAGGGCCACAAGCCGUCUAUCGCCCACAGGGACUUUAAGAGCAAGAAUGUAUUGCUGAAGAGUGAUCUCACUGCUGUGCUGGCUGACUUUGGCCUGGCUGUUCGGUUUGAGCCAGGGAAACCUCCGGGGGACACUCACGGGCAGGUGGGCACGCGGCGGUACAUGGCCCCCGAGGUGCUCGAGGGAGCCAUCAACUUCCAGAGAGACGCCUUUCUGCGCAUCGACAUGUACGCCAUGGGGCUGGUGCUGUGGGAGCUCGUGUCCCGCUGCAAAGCUGCCGACGGACCUGUGGAUGAGUACAUGCUGCCUUUUGAGGAGGAGAUCGGCCAGCACCCGUCACUGGAGGAGCUGCAGGAGGUGGUGGUGCACAAGAAGAUGCGGCCCGCCAUCAAGGAUCACUGGCUGACACACCCGGGCCUGGCCCAGCUCUGCGUGACCAUCGAGGAGUGCUGGGACCACGACGCGGAGGCUCGCCUGUCCGCGGGCUGCGUGGAGGAGCGCGUGUCCCUGAUCCGGAGGUCGGUCAACGGCACUACCUCGGACUGUCUUGUCUCCCUGGUGACCUCUGUCACCAACGUGGACCUGCCCCCGAAGGAGUCGAGCAUCUAAGCCCAGGACGCGAGUGGAUCUCCAGACUCAGUAGAUCUGAAGAGGAAAGGAAAAAAAAAAAAACAAAAAAAAAGUUGUGUUUUGUUUUGGAAAUCCCAUAAUACCAACAAACACAUAAAAUGCAGCUGCUAUUUUACCUUGACUUUUUAUUAUUAUUAUAAUUAUUAUAAUUAUUAUUAUUAAUAUUAUUUUUUGGAUUGGAUCAGUUUUUACCAGCACAUUGCUCUACUGUAUCGCAAACAGCGGACACGUCAGCAGGCGUUGAGGUGCUGAGCUGUGAAUGCAGAACCAGCGCCAUGCUGAAGAGCCUCGGCCGCCUCCCGCCCUCCGGGGUCCAUUUUUCCCCGCUUUCUCUUUGUUUGUUGUCUCAGAACCUGUGACACAAAGAAACCCAUCCUGUCUUAGGAAACUUAAUGCUGCAAACUCUACCUAGAGGAACCUUUGAAGACUGUUACAUAAGAACACAUCUUCCUCAUACGAGGAGUUUCCCUCUGCCCUUGUCCCCCUCCCGCCUCACCUUUUCUGUGUUUUUCUCCCUUUUUAGACAGUGAGUUUAAGAAACAGCAGGCGUGUCUUUUCACGGAUUAACGGGUGUUGUCCUGACCGAGGAAAAACUGGGCUGAGGAUGAGGAUGGUUUGGACUGGAGGGGAGGACGGAGCUGGGGGUGGGUUCUGGAGCAGAGCUACACUGGACUCGGGCACAUUCGGAGCAACAUCCUUUGCUAUGAGACUACUUCUCAGGUAACCCGGAAUCGAGGGGAAGGAGCGCCUGGAGGCCGAGCAUGAACGGCAAGAGCGGGGUUUGGAGAAAGUCUGAAAUCAGGUGUGGCUGUGGCCCAUCUGUUUGCCCUGUCCAGUUUUUUUUCCACUCUCUUGGGCUUGGGCAUAGGACACAACAUUUUUUUCUGCCCUGAUUUUAAGGUUUAGCAAGGGUAGAAAUCAUCACGGUUUAGUGAGUACAGUCUUCAUGAGACAUUGUACUGUAAAUAUCUAUAAUGGGGGAAAAGUUGAAAUACAGUUUCCUCCUGGAGCAGUUCAGGGAAAUGGCCACAGGGGGGCGCCCUGCACAGCCGGGGCGAGAGGAUUUCCUGGGUCCGGCCUGGCCAAGGCCUGACUCUCUGGAGAGCCGGAGUCCUGCGGCGCUGGCUCUGCCCUGGGCGGUGACAUUACUGUCCCUUAAUGUAGCUCGUGGACACAGCUUUCUCCAGACCCCCUUACAAGAGGUGCAUAUUCGAAAAAACCGUUUCUCUGUUUUGCCAUAACCUUGCUCUCGUCAGUCAAAUGUUCCUAAUGCUGCUGUUUCAACCUUUUGAGUAUUUUUUUUAAUUUAUGAAACAUGCAAAUUAAAAAAAAACAAAACAAAACACACACAUCCACACAAACGCUUUGCUAUGUGGCUUCCGAGGUUUAAAUUUUGAAAAGUAAAAGAAUUAAAACUUCACGACCACAGACCACCUCAAACCAGAAAUACCUCAGAAUUUUCUACUUGUGUAAGUUUUAUUAUAUAUUUUAUUAGUUGUGUUGUCUCGUAGUAAGUAUAUUUUAAUGUAAGUUGGCUUUUAUGACAAGAAAGUUUAAAAGAAAUAGAGAAAAAGAAAAAAAGUUGUGAGUCUUCUAGGGAGUGCUCCCGUUUUUCGUUGAUAACGUCCCCUUGUAAAUAAUUGUCAUCCACUGUAGGUUGGCUGUCUGGGCCGAGUCUGGGCAUUCAUCACUCUUAUUUGUGAAGGCGUUUCCUUCCCAUUGCUUUAGACCAUUUUAUUUGGAAAACUGGAUCUCUUCACCUUGAGGGUAGGCGAGUUGGUGGGCGAUGGGGAGAGGUUGACUGGAGUGAGAAGGGGGGCGCCUGCUCCUGAGUUUUUUGGAGGUUCCGCUGUUUCCCUUGACUUGAGAGGUCAUUGUUCAGAAUGACAGGCGACCCCACUUUAACCUGGGAAAACUGUGGCCUUUAGACCCCCAUGAGGUAAUUUUACUUGAGACUUAAUUUCUUAAGCAAAUCCGCGGUGGCGAGAGGGGAACUGACCGGCAGGCCUCUGGAGCCUCGCUGCGCGGGCCGCCCUGUGACGGCCGGGCCGGGUGGCGGGGGCUCUGGGCCCCCCAGGCUGCGUCCUGCUCUGCAUGUUUGGACACGGAGUGCGGUGGGAGGCGAGCUUUGCUUCAUGGGUCAAAAUGUGAGCUGGCCAGGGUGGCUCCAGGGGCAGGUUUUUGUAUUUUUUAGUAAGUUAUUUGUCUAUCCCUUCUUCCUUUUCUUUUUUAAACUAUUUUGUGCUGUGGUAUUUUUCUUCCCUCGGAAUGAUUUUUAACAGCAAAACAGGCCUUACAGCAGUUGCUUUUCUUUUCCACUUAUUUCUUUCAGAAGCUUUAAAAUAUUUAUUGAAAAGUGCCAUAUCUGGUUUCUCCAGCUUUGUCCUUACUUAGGCAGUGCUGGGCAUCUCGACUUUUCAACCCUCAGAAGAAACAAAUAAACCCCUAAGAAGUGUAGCUGAUUUCCGACAGGAAUGAUCGGAUCCCUGAUCCUAUCCCGCGGGGAACACUAAGCCCCAGCCUCUGUUUGGUUUUAGAUUUCCUCUGGGCAGCUUUUCUUUUGUGUGCUGGCUUGAUUCCCCUGAGAGCAGUUUUGCCUGCUGUGGGACCUUCAGGGCGGGCCUUGAGGCCGAGGCAGGGACAGGGCCCCUUUGCCGACCCUGUGCCCGGCCACUGUUGCUUCCUUGGGGCCGUGGCACCAGAGUGAGGUGUCGGGAAUUGGCCCCCGUGGUGUGUGUCUUGGCAGAGGGCUUCUGGUGGCACACGUGUGCUGUGCCGAGGGUCCCUGACCGUGCUUGUGGCGGGGAGAAGGUGGGCAUCUCUCUCCCCACAUGCCGCUGGGGCCUGGGGGUGCCUUCUGCCUCUGGUAGUCAUGUUUGCCCUCACGUAUCCUCUGGGGCAUCAGCAGUCCGGGUCUCCGGCUUGUGCCGAUGGGGUUGUGGGGCUCAGCCUGGGCUCAUCUCCACAGAUGUUUCACGCACCCUCCAUUUCCAGGGAGCUCAUAUCAUGCCUACCUUUUUUUCUCUCUCCCUCCAAGCUCUGUGGAAGACUGGGAGCCGUGGAGCCUGGUCUCAUUGUCCCUGCCCCGUUCAGGAUAGGAGGGUGGCCAAGUCAGAGGACAGAAGUGGCCCAGGAUCCCUGCCCCUUCCCGCCGAGUGUGUCGUUGUCCAGGCAGGCUCCUGGCUGUGGAGAGAGUGUUCUCCUUGGUCACUCGUGGGGAGGUCUCCUGAGCCAGAGAGACCCAGGAGUGAGCAGGGGAGGGAGCAGACACGCGGGGACAGAGGCCGCUGGGUCCCAGUGUCCCGCAGAGGAUGCUUCAUCACAGGCCACGGGAGGGCGUUGGCAUGGUCGUUAGCACAUCCUGGGGCCGUCGGUCCCUCCCAGGAGUCCUCUGGUUGAAUUACUUGGGGUGUGAGGGCCAUGGACAGCGCCUGAGGAGGAAGGGAGACUCGGCCCUGUGGCAGUGGGGUAUGCGCCGUCAGCCUGGUGUUCAGAUGGCCUCCUUGUUCUCUUGGCUCAGGAGGGGCCCCAAGGGGUCAGCCCUGCUGGGGAGGCUUCCUUACGCGUGCCAGCUGCUUCUGACGCAGACUGCAUCCUGCCUGGAUGGGGCGGCAUGUGUCCAGAAGAAGAGGGACCUUGUGUAGCCUCGGACAGCUUCAGGAUGCUUGAGCCGCCCACUCUUGCCUUCUCAGCCAAGGGAAAAUUUGUCUUCUCCAGGCCCCCGAGGUGGUUCUCCCCCUGCCCCGAGGGACCAGGCUGACCCUCCUGUCGUGGCUGGUCCUGUCGCGCCUUAGGGAGCUGAGCAGGGGAUCCUGCGGUUCUUCUCUGUCUCCUUUCUCUCCCGCUGGCCGCCUUCUGCUCCUCUUUGGGUGCUGGGGCUGCGUGUGUGAUGUUUCCUUCGUGGCGGGCCGAGCCGUGUAUCGAGGGUCCACCAUAUGUUGUGUGUGGCUCAGAGCGCCCCAGCCCGUGGCCCCGGUACUCCGAACCACGAGGCCAGGGAGGGGGCUGUUCCAUUGGGGUGGGAGGACUAGACGGCCCUCUUGCAAAUGGAAUUCUGCGUCUUCGAGAAUACAAUGUGAAGUUCCCAGCAUCUGUUGGCAGUACAAGGAUUUCAUGUUUUUUUAAAGUAAUAUAGUGAGCAUGCGUACAUAAGUUUUUAGAAUUGGUACUAGAAGUUAAGGGGCUUCCCAGGUGGCCCAGGCGUAAAGAAUCUGCCUGCAGUGCAAGAGACGUGGGUUCAGUCCCUGGGUUGGGAAGAUCCCCUGGAGGAGGAAAUGGCAACCCACUCCAGGAUUCUUGCCUGGAAAAUUCCAUGGACACAGGAGCCCAGUGGGCUGUAGUCUGUGGGUCACAAAGAGUGGCAUGUGACUGAGAAUGCAUACUAGAAGUUGAACAGCCAGGCGUUAUUCCGGAGAACUUGGCUUACUAGAAAAACACCUAAAUUGGAAAGCGUUUUCCAGGACUUAACUCAGUUUGUCUGUCCCAGCUAUUUCUGAAUCUUUGGAGAGGUGGCCAGGCCUGCCUCAGACCACACUCUUCAAGAAGCACAGAGAACUGACUGACUGCCCCCCACCUCCCACCCCAUCCCACUGCCUACCCUUUCGGUUCAGGGCAAGCGGCCAAAAAAGAAAAGGAGAUGAGGCGGCCUUUCUGGUUACUGGCUGUUUACAAAAGCUGAACUAGUGAAACACGCAGCAGCUAAUGUGCUCAGCCUACUAAUGAUGAGUUUAGGUCUCAAGCAGGAGUUAGGUUUUAGGCAAAGAAACUGGCCCAGUAAUUCAGUUGAUGAACUAUUUGUUUUUCUUCUUAGUCUAGAUUUGUAAACAAUGAAUUCAGGGUUAUAGGCAUGUUCUUCCUGACAGUUAAUUUGCAACCAGCAAUCCACCUGUGAAUGUAUCCCAGACCUUUAGGAGGCUUGGGGAAGUUUUUUUUUUAAGAGGAUUUAGUUUUGUAGCAAAAAUAAAUGGAAGUUUAAAAUGCACCCUUCCCUUGGAAAUUAAUUCAUGUGACUCAGCUACACUUGAAAAACAAUUAGUCGGCCCUCCGCAUCCAUGGGUUCCUCAUUCUUGGGUUCAUCCAACCUCGAAUCAAAAAUAUUUGGGGGAAAAGAAUUACAGAAAGUUCCAAAAAUCAAAACUUGAAUUUGCCACUUACUGGCAGCUCUUUACAUAGUACUUACAUUGUCUUUACAAUUCUUUACAUAGUAUUUUAUUGUAUUAGGUAUUAUAAGUAAUCUGGAGGUGAUUUCAAAUGUGCGCCAUUUUAUACAAGAGGUUUCUGCAUCAGUGGAUUUUGGAUCUCCACGCCCCAACCCUCCACAUAGAGGGACGACUGCAGUGGGUCCAGGAGAACUACAAAUUGCCAUCAAGUAGAAGUCCAGAUUAUCUAGUGGGAUAUUUUGAAUAUUCUUAUUUUAAACUCAUUUUGCGUUCACUGUAAACUUUGGUUUGGACAGAAUUUUGAAUUGAAAGGAUUUACCACUACUGAAAAUUUUUACCAAGCUUUUACAUUGUUGUGACGGUAUCUUCAGGUGUGAAUGAAGCAGGACUUUGUGAUGGUCAUCCUCAUGUAUCCCUGUAGUGCCAAAACCAGUGAGAUUUUAUUUGCUCCUAUGGCAGCUCGUAGCGAUAAGACAAGUGUUUUUUCCUCAUGAAUUAAAACGCAUAUUCUCUAAAUGCCAGCAUGUGGAGAUGGGCUUUGCACUGCCCUUUCCAGGAGUGUCUUUGGAUUGUCUGGGGCCUAGGCAAUUCUGAGAACUGCUGCAAGCCAACUACAGGACACUAGAGAAAUACACACACAGACGUGUGUAUAUGCAGUGGAUUCUACAAACGUGGGCUUUUCUGGACAUCCACAGAAAAGCGUUUCCUUCGCUUGCAAAGUUUACAUUUUGAAGCUCACAGUUACAAAAAGUAGGACCCAUUAGCUCAUGUUUUUCAGGCAGAUGUGGAUGGGUCUUUUUUUUUGCAAAUGGAGGAGUCCUGUCUUGAGCCCUGGGAAUUUCUGCUGUGGGUUGGGCGCGGGCUCAGUCCUGGAUUCUCCCAAUCACGUUUGCAUUGGAAUGUUGUUAGGUAGCAUUGUAAAUAAAAGAAUAGGUUAUAUAAUAGAGAUAACGACACUUGAAAUUUUACUUUAAGAAAUCUAUAGCACUACAUAUAUAUUUAGUUAUAUCACCCAACAGAUUUCUUCUGCACAGUGUGGAGAUUGUUUUAUACCACAGAUUAUUUUUAUAAAGUCUAGUGAGUUUGAGUAAGAAUGAUUUUUUAAUCAGAGUCGUGAGCUUUACCUUUCAAGAUAAAUGUACACUGGAGUGUGAGUGGUGUGGGGCUGUCACGGAGUGCUCCUGCGACUUCUCGUUGAUACACUGGCAGAUUGCAGUCCACCGAUGGGUCUUGUUUGGCCCGAAACUCCACCCGCAGCUGUCUGCAUGGGGCAGGCUGCCGGGGAGAGGGGCUGGGAGAGGCCAGAGGAUCCUGCAGUGUGCUUGAUAUACGUGCUUCCUCCUGAGGUUUCUUUUGAACAAAGGGUUCUGAGGUGAAUAAUUCCUUUGUAAGUUACUCUCAUGGGUGUAGUGGUGUGAAGGGUUUCGGGGAACAGAAAUGGUACCGGGGUGCAGAUUGGGGUGGUUUGGGACUCGAACAAGAUUCAGGCAACAAAUGUGUAAAACGAGGAUUCGGUGAUUGGGGAAAUCUACCAAACCGAAUGAUCUCGGACCAAAUCAUCCAGUUUUCAGGAGAGAAGUUUCCAUUCGGGAAGGCAGGGGUGUGGUGUGUGGACCCCGCGAUCGGAUUAAAUGGAGGGCUGCCCGGGUCGCCGUGUUCUCUUAAGGGGCCGGGCUGGCUCGCCGCUGGAGUCUAGCGAGCAACCCUGGAGCCCGCGGAGGAGGCUCAGAACCGUGUACCAGCGGGGCCUCUUCCCCACAUCUACAAGGUUUCCCUGCUCUUCCUACAAAGGUCAGCAUCACUGCCGCGAUGUGGACAGCGGUCUUUAUGGUAGCCUUUUGGGUUUUGGGUAGAGAAUGGAUGGUUACUGGGGUGAGCCUUUCUGAUGCAGAUGUUUAAGAGGUCAGUCGUGUAGCUAAUACUCUGGAUCCACAGUUACUGAAGGCCCUCUGGCUUCAGCUGCUGGGUUCCAAGGUGCGCUGGUUGGGACGGUGUUGUCAGGAGAGUCUCUGAUGUGUCCUGUUAAGCCUGCUGCGCUUCUCUUCCGUCUGGCUGAGAGGACCGUUUUACGCCACCCCUUUUAUACUUGAAUGAAUUGAGUUCCGGCAGAUCCAGGAGCACUCUGGGAAUCGACCCUGUUCCCCAUCAGAGAACAUUUGUCUGCCCUCCAGCCACAUGUCUUGGAAUGUAAUUCUGUUGUGCCUUUGUUUUUGUCACCUGCCUCCCCCCAAAAGCAACUGCUGUAAGCUUUUUUCUACUUGUCUUUUCUACCGGAAGUCCCACCUUUUUCCUUUUUCCCAGCUGUAUUGUCUGGAUGCAGUUCUGUGCUCCAGGUGCGUUAGAACCAGUUACCUCAGACCUCGUGUUGAACAGUGUCACCAUCUGGGUCCUCUCGAAACUGCAGGCUUGCGACACGCACACUCACGCAUACACACACGCACACGCACACACACACGCAGGAACCCUGCCGAGUAUGGGUACUCGUUUGUUUUAAAGUAAAACCCUUCCCAAGGAUUGAAAAACAGGGGCUUCUGGCAAGCUCUUCACGGCCCUGUGGUGGGAUGGGUCUUGAGUGUCAUCUGAACGGUGCUUCCCGUGUUCCACUCUGAAUUCUGCCAUUUUCAGUAUUCUCGUGUCUAAAUAGGCAAAAUGAUUCAGUUGGUUGGCCUUGUUCACAAAUGAGUUCUGAAAAUGAGCUCUUUGUAACACUCGUCCAGUAGCUAAAGCUCAAGUGUAGAACAUUCCCUUAAAUGGCAGGAUCGAACCCCCACCAUCCACCACAGUGCAUUUUGGGAAGAUGUCUGUAGCAUACGUUGCUGUGAAAUUAGGCCUUGCGGGUUAUGGCUGUUUGUCAUUUGGAUGUAUUUUAAAUAUAUAUAUAUAUAUAUUUUUAAAGAGCGUUUUUUUUUUUUUUUUUUUUAAACCAGUUCAGAAAGUUUAAUUAACCA